AUGAAUACCAUUUCUAUUAUAAGCUAAAUUAUAGGUUGGAUUUACUGGUUUGCAUGGUCAUUUAGUUUUUACGGAUAAAUUUAUGUCAAUUAUAAAAAGAAGAGUGUAUAAGGCUGUAAAUUAGAUUUCGUAAUCUUAAAUUUUACAGGAUUUCUUUUUUAUUCUAUAUAUACAACAGUCGGUUAUUUUACUGAUAAUCCUGAAAAAAGUGGAACAGGUGAUGUUUCGAUUCAAGAUGUAGUAUUUGCAUAUCACGCAUGUAUUUUGACGAUAGUUACUUUAUUAUAAACAUUUAUUUAUCCAGUAAAAAAAAAAAAACUUCAAAUAUCUUAUUUUUUAUUAAUAAAGCGCGGAAAUAAUUAAGUAAAUAACAUAACAAUAUUUUCAAUUGUAUCAAUAUGGACAUUUGCAUUAACAUAUGGUUCAUUAAAUGGAACUGUGUUUUAAGCAAAUGGAAAAGUUAGUUUAGUUAGCUUUUUAGGAUAUUUUAAAGUAGGUAUUACUUUCUUUAAAUAUUGUCCUUAAGUUUAUUGGAAUUAUGUAAGGAAAUGUACAGAAGGUUGGAGUAUUUUUAAUAUUCUAAUGGAUGCAACUGGAGCUAUUUUUUCGUUUUUACAAAAUGUGGUUGAUGCAAUAGGGUAAGGGAAAAAUCCAAUUAGUGGUGGAACAUUAAAUGUAGUUAAAUAUGCUCUUUCUUUAAUUAGUUUUUUAUUUGAUAUUAUUUUUAUAAUAUAGCAUUAUAUAUUAUAUCGUAAAAAAACAACAUAAAAUAAUGAAUAAAUAAGUCUUUAACAAUAGCUAAAGUAAUAAGAAGUUGAAGAUUGACUAUAAUAUUAUUAAUUAUGGUUUGUAAUG